AGUUUACCUCCAAAAUAGAUGUAGAUGAAAUACUUAGUAGCCAUUUUCUUUGGCUCAAUGUUGAUUGUCGGGGCCACCACUGCGCUGCGAUGAAGUAGAGUCCGACUUGUGUGAAUAAAUGAAAAUGCUGUCCUCUGCUCACCUUCACCGACCGUGGUUCAUCUCGCCACUUCUCGCAUUUAUUUUUGCGACGACCACUCGUCUCCAGGACCGUGAGAUAGACGGUGGCUUCGAGACAUGUUGUCUUUGUGUAGUAGCAGAGGCUGCAGAAAAGCAUGACAAGCUCAGGCCGCGAGCAAGCACUUCACCAUCAUCAUCUUCGAGCACGGAGAGCGAUUCUGUGUCUGUUUCUGGCCCAGUGCUGCUGCAAAGCGUCGAAAGCGGUUCUCUACCGCCAGCACCUGCGCUCGACGCUGCAAGAACGUCACAAAGUUCUCCCGUAAAGGUCGCUGUCGGGGUGGACCAGUAUGGCGUAGCUUUCCUCGAACCGCCUAGCACGAGGAAGAACUACCGGGAGUCCGCGGAAGGUGAGACCACACGACCACGCGCCUACAACUUGGAUGGUCAGCAACUACACCUGGAUGACCUUGACCCCCAUCAUCUCCGCGCGAGCGCGCAGUCCGUGUACUUUUCCGAUGAAGCCGCAGGAGUGGCGUCGUCCAGCGACGAGGGGCAGCAGGAUCAACAGCCGCUGCCAGCGGCGUACGUCGAAAGCGGUCCUCUCUUGUUGGCCGGCGCUAAAGCAACAAGUCGACGAUCUUCACAACGGACGACGAGUGAAGCGGCAACUACUGACUUUGCAUCCAUGUGCAAAAACGAGAUCUGCGACUUCGUCCGGUGGAAAAACCCUAUGGAUUGGAAAUUGUUUGUCUCGGUCUGGAAGGUGGGCGCAAACUUAUGAUGCAGAAGAGGCGAGCUCUCAGUCGCAGUUGUAUAAAGGCCGUCGCGCCUUACCGACUCAUCCUCGUACAGGGGGGAUCGGGCGUGACGAUAACCACACAAAAAGAAAAGAAAAGCCUCUGUAUACACAAAAACUUGUGUAGUUGCGUGAGCGCCUAGAAAAGUUGUCCAUUUACUGCUACGCAAAUAGCGUAUUUCUCAUGUUGGACAGGCAUCAGGAGGCCUCCUGCGCCAAACCUGUAGCGCUGUCGCAUGCACAAUUCCACACCAUGCAUUAAUGUGGUGGGGGUCCAAAACCUGCAUGACAAACUCCUGCGCCCUGCCCUGCCCUCAGCCUUUCAACAUGACAAACUCCUGCGUUCCGCCGAGAGUUUGCCAAACGUGUUCCGCCCCGCUAGAGUUUGUUAAGUAGGUGGCUAGUGCCGCUAGUAAGUACCGUUUUACGGGUUUUUCAAGCAGAAGGGGCGUCGCGGCCCAGGCCCAGCCGUUAAAUAAUUCUGGACGCGGGCAUGAAAAAGAACUUCAACUUGUCCUGUAUUUGCAUUUCUCCAGACCCAGACACGACGAUAUUUGCAGCAGUUGAUAAAUCCUAUUGCAGAGCAACUUCGGAUCGCCAACGCAGAGCUCGCGCGCGAAUUUAACAGGUCGGCGAAAAUCAGUUUACAGGUCCUGCAGGGGGAAGCGGACAACUGUGAGUUCCAAGAGCAGAGCAGCGACGACGUCCAGGUUGGGACUUUGUCCAGUGCUGACUUGCAGGCGGCGAAAGAGGCAGCAGCUGCAGGAGGAGAUCAUACUAGUAGAGACGCAGCUUCAUCAUCUGAAACAAUAAAAAUCAAGGGGCAUCAGCGGACCUCUGUCCUGUGCGUCUCGCCGAAGGCAUUCUUCUCCGGGUCUCCUUUCAGCUGGGUGGCAACUGUUUUCGCAGCGAAUGCACUUCGUGGAGAUGAUGAUAAUACUGCGAGUCACCUAGUGCCGGCGCGUGGAGGCAGGGAUCUUCAGCUUCGGUCCUCGUCUCCUCGCCCGAUGUACAAUGCGUCCACUAGUUUUACUUCCGAGUGGUACGUCCAGGAAGCAACGUCCAUGCCGGAGAGGAUCGCAAAGGGGGAACAGUUUCUCACAGUCGUGGAUGAAGUGAAGGCCCGGAAUCUGGCACGGAAAUACUGGGAAUUGAUCAAGCGCAGUCCAGUGUCCUCGCUUGGCAAGAAAGAUACCGGGUGGCCGUGGUAUAGAUUUGUGGAAGCGUUUGACCCACCAUACCUGGACGAGAAGUACUACGCCUUGGCGCAAUCAACCCUGGAAGCGCGCUCCCGCCUUUCGCCUCCUGCGGACUCUGGUUUCUGGGGCUUUUCGGCCCUCCAGUGGUUUGUGGAUCUGCUUGAGGAACAUACCAACGAGACGGUCGCGCCGACUACGGUUGCCAGUCGAGCUCUUGAGCUGCUGAGGCCCAGAAGUGAAGACUUGACUUUUCCACGCCCUUGGGCGAUUGCAGGGGCAGCCAUUUACCAUGUCGUUUCUGCGAUUCUCUUCACCAACGCGCAACUGGCCGGCACGUUGUUCCUGGAACGAAAGGGGAUUGCUUUUGCCGGUGGUGAGCGUGCGCAGAUGGACGAGGCGGGGAAGGGCUACAACAAGACUGCCGACGCCCGCCAGAACGUUGUUGCCGCGGCGCCGCUUUCCUUUAAGAGGCAUGAGUGCACGGGGGAGGGCGAAAGUGUACACAUGUGGGACGUCGCAAAAGAAUACGCACUAAAGAACGCGGGCUGCGUCGCGCACGGCUGGAAGGGCCGGCUUGGUGGCAUGGUGCGUCAGGCUACCACGAGCGCCAUCACGAAUCUGCGUCAGGACCUGGGUCCGGGUCAUAUGCCAGUGCUAGUGCUGGCAGAUGUGGUGGACGUGUCCUCCUGGGCGCAAAAUCAGAGCCUUCUCUUUCGCGAAAGGUUUUCGUGGACGUCCUCGGCGGGGUUGCGGCGCUGGCUUUUCCAAACCGAGAUGCACAUGCUGAUGCGCUGCGAAAAGUGGGCUGACCGGUUAAACAUUCGCGCCAUAUUGGCCGUCGAAGAUGAAGACGUGGAGCAUGUGAGGAACGCCGUCCGUGCGGCGGUGCGAUUGGUUGCCAAAAGCAGUAGGACUACAACGCAGGAGCGGCCCAGAACAGCGGGGACCCGCAGCACUGGAGGAGGACUUGCAGCAACUGCACGUCCCACGUCCUCGUUGGAGCAGGAGGACUCGGCGCAAGAAAUCCCUCGCUCUGCCGAUGUUGCCGGUGAGGAACUGGAACCCGACGAACCGCUGAAGUUUGUCGUCAUGUCAGUUGCGGAGGCGGACAGCACGUUGCAUCUCUUUGAGAACCGGGGCGCGAAGGAGUGGAUCGAGGCUGAUGUGCUGGCGAGUUGGUAUGCGAAGCACGCGACUGAUUUCGCGGCUACGGCCGGCGACAAGUAGCGGCCCGCCGCCGCUCAAAUGAGGGGAGAGCUUGAACUUCUAGCAAGCGAGCUGCAUAGAGCAGUAUAGUAUUUUGAAAAUUAGUAUACUACAUGACUUGUACCCAAGCCGAACAAAACACGAAGCAAUGUUAUAUGUGUGUGGAAGAAAGUAUGAAGCAAGUUCUUAAGUAUAUGUUAUGAUCAUGGUGUAUCAACUUACUUCAGUUGCAGUAGAUGCAGCCGGCCGACCACGACAGCCAGGUGAUUCUGAUCUUUUUGUUGUUUUGCGGUUGUACACAGUUUUGAAAAUAAGAACUAGUAGCAACGGGAGUGCUGGUUCCACAUGAAAG